CUCAUCCUUCCUUGCUGCAGGGAGGAGCGUUGGAGCAUCCGUCUGACUGCAUUCAAGAAGAAAACGGGCAUACACAGCACUUUCUUGACUUUCUGUUGCUUAUGUUCACAACCUUUAUCCGGUACAUCUACUAAUACAAAAGGUUUUCAACGCGGAGCGUCCUACAGAUGUAUAUCUGAAGAACGACGCGGGGUUUCCUGUUGCAUAAAGUCUGGUCAUUUAUUUCCUGCGCCAAAAAUUGUGAAGACAUGGUCAAUACAACAAAAUCUUGAUGAGAGGAGCCUGAUCCGGGUGGGGGGGGGAAGCGCGCUACUCAUCAGCCUCAGAUAAUGCUCCUUGCCCACGCCGCCCGGAGCCGCAGCUGAGGAAGGAACAGACAGUCUAGUCGGGGAGCCCCGUGGGGAGGGCAGCCAUGUCCCACCACCAACACAGGAACCCCAGCCAGGCGAGCCACCGCGCCACCAGCACCGAGGAGAGGUGCUCCACGCCCCUCCAGCAGCACCACCACAAGACGUCCACGCCCACGCACAAGAGCGCCUCGUCCUCCUCCUCAUCCCAGCGCGACGGACGCCAGGAGGCAGACAGCUGGGAAAUCAUUGAGGGGCUGAAAAUCGGCCAGAGCAGCGUCCAGAGGCCAGAUAAACAUGAGGGCUUCAUGCUGAAGAAGAGAAAAUGGCCACUCAAAGGUUGGCACAAGCGGUUUUUUGUCUUGGAUAAUGGGAUGUUGAAGUACUCCAAGUCGCCCAUUGAUAUUCAGAAAGGCAAGCUGCAUGGUUGCAUUGAUGUGGGACUCUCAGUCAUGUCCAUCAAGAAGAGGGCCCGCCGCAUCGACUUGGACACAGAGGAGCAUAUCUACCAUCUCAAGGUCAAGUCUCCAGACAUCUUCGAUGCCUGGGUGAUCAAACUGCGACACCAUCGUCUCUACCGGCAGAACGAGAUUGUCCGCUCCCCCCGAGACGCCACCAUAAGGACAUUUCCACCGCCUGCCAGCGCUGAGUCCCCCAUACCUCACCCACACCCCCACCCCCAGCCAGCCCCCUCCCCCGCUGCAGGACAACAUGACGUAAAGGUGGGCCUCUCUUCCCUGGCGGUUAGCUCGGCACAGUUGUUCUCUGCUGUGCAGCCCAACCCCACACUCCUCCCACCGUGGCAGUCCUCCCCCGUUCCCAGCAGCAGCAGCCUGCCGGCCUCCUACAGUAACGGACAGAGCAAGGUGGCCGCAUGGCUCCAGGAGUCAGAGGAGAUGGACAAGUGCACAGAAGAGCUCGCCCGCUGCCAGUCCAGUCUGAUUGAGCUGAGCAAGUUACUCCAGAGCCUGGAGAUCUUACAAAGGACCCAGUCAGCGCCCAAUUUCACUGACAUCCAGAGCAAUUGUGUAAAUAUGACAAAGAAAGACAAGCGCAUGAACAGAAGAUGGAGAACAAAAAGUGUCGGCAAAGAUGCCAAAUUACAACUUCAGGUCCCCUCUCUCCCUGUGAGCACCAGUAUGUCCCCAGUCCGUCUGCACUCCUCCAACCCGAACCUGUGCGCUGAGCUGGUGGACUUCCAGACCCCCGCCUCCCACCCCACCCCUGACAGCAUGGAGUGCAGCGGAGACUACAUCAAACUACAGGAGGACUUCUGCCUCAUCGCUCAGAAAGUACACUCUCUGCUGAAGUCAGCAUUCAACACGGUGGCUAUCGAGAAGGAGAAGAUCAAAACGGUUCUGUCCGACCAGGAGCAGUCAUCGGGCCAGUCUGCCCAGCUCGUCAACCUCAGGAAGUCUUUGUCACAGGCCCUGUCCCAGAAUGCAGAGCUUAAAACUCGGCUGGGCCGGAUCCACUCUGAGUCAGUCCUGUCUGAACAAACAGUCAGCGUGAACAUCAUCACCAGCCCUGACGAGGCUGGUGAGGAAAUGGCGAUCCCUCUGACUCAGCAGCCGUCCAAUGAGAGCAGGCUGUCAAUGUCCGAGUCUGUUUCGGAGUUCUUCGACGCCCACGAGGUCCUCCUGUCCGCCAGCUCGUCUGAGAACGAGGCCUCGGACGAUGAGUCGUACGUCAGCGAUGUGAGCGAUAACAUUUCCGAGGACAACGCCAGCGUGACCGAUAACGUCUCCAGACAGAUGCCGAACGGAGACCUGGCUGGAAGUGCCUUCCGUAACGGGCGGCGGCCGUGUCUCCCUGCGCCCUCGCCGGACUGCAGCAACAUCAACCUGUGGAACAUCCUGAGGAACAACAUCGGGAAGGACCUGUCCAAGGUGUCCAUGCCCGUGGAGCUCAACGAGCCGCUUAACACCCUGCAGCACAUGUGUGAGGAGCUGGAGUACACCGAGCUACUGGACAGGGCUGCCGACACCCAGGACCCCUACGAACGCAUGGCCAUCAUGGCGGCGUUCGUCAUCUCAGGAUACUCCUCCACAUACUACAGAGCGGGAAGCAAGCCCUUCAACCCCCUGCUGGGAGAGACGUACGAAUGCAUCCGCGAGGACAAGGGCAUGUGUUUUAUCGCUGAGCAGGUGAGCCACCAUCCACCCAUCUCAGCUUGUCACGCUGAUUCUAACAAAUUCACCUUCUGGCAAGAUGUCAGAUGGAAAAACAAAUUCUGGGGAAAAUCCAUGGAAAUCCUCCCAAUUGGGACCGUUAAUGUUACGCUUCCUAGCUUCGGUGAUCACUACGAAUGGAACAAAGUCACCACCUGCGUUCACAACAUCCUGAGUGGGAGAAGGUGGAUUGAACACUACGGGGAGAUCACCAUUAGAAACACCAAGAGCAGUGCCUGCAUCUGCAAGCUCACCUUUGUCAAGGGAAAUUACUGGAGCUCUAAUGUCAACGAAGUUCAAGGGUUUGUAAUGGACCAAGAGGGGAAGGUAGUGCAUCGGCUGUUCGGCAAAUGGCAUGAGGGCCUUUUCUGUGGAGUCCCGCCCUCUGCCAAGUGCAUCUGGAGGCCAGGGUCUAUGCCCACAGACUAUGAGCUGUACUACGGCUUCACGAGGUUCGCGAUUGAGCUCAAUGAGCUUUGCCCUGAGAUGCAAGAUCUGCUGCCGCCCACAGAUGCCCGCUUCAGACCCGAUCAAAGGUACCUGGAGGAAGGAAACGUUGAGAUGGCUGCCUCAGAGAAGCAGCGCAUCGAGGACCUGCAGCGAGCUAGAAGGAAGUGGCAGGAGGAGAACGACAUCAGGCAUGAGCCGCGCUUCUUCAAGAAAGUGGUUGAUGCCAAUCAAAGGGAGCGAUGGGUCACUAACAACACCUACUGGGAGCUUCGAAAAUCCCCGGGCUUCAUCAACAUGGAAAACCCUAGCCUCUGGUAGCAUAUGGGUGACUAAACACACCAUAUCGUCAUGCCUGACUGAGGCUUUAACCUAUGCACAAUAAGGUUGUGAAAUGAACGUCUCCUUGACAAGAGGACAGUGUGGAAGGACACGGGACACUGCAGAGCGGAGAGAUAAGUCGUGGACCUACCGUUACACACAGCGACCGGGCCAUUACCCAGCCAUCCCCUGGGUACCUACAUCCCCUUGGUACCUACUCAUCGAGCUUACUGCAGAGGCUGGGUUGUCAGGGCAACAAUCUCACCACGUAGAUCUAUCCUAAGCCGUCUUUACUCACCGAGUACGUCCUUGCCUUAAAAAGUCGCCUAUCCAACACCACACAUUUUAAAGCUUGUGGAUCCCGGCUGAGUUUGGAAAGCAGUUUGAUUUAGAGUAGUGUUUGGAAUAGGCCUUUGGUUACUUGCUGCUGUAUCUAUCAUGCAUGUUUAGAGUGCGGCUUUCAUUGGCAUUACGUUAUAGAGUGUAACAUUUGUUGUAAAAACAAAACAAACAAAAAAAGUCUGAUAUUUUUGUAAAAUAUCUUCACCUUAUAAUAGAAUUUAGUGAAAAUGUUACUAUUAUACUAUAUUGAAAGAUUGCUGUUAUUUAUUUUUCAAUUAGCCUUUUGCAUUAGUUAAAUCUGUGUCAUAGCUGUAUUCUCUUGGGACACAUUUGUUUUAAAAGUUCAUUUGUUUUGAUCAAAGGUAUUGGUGAAAGACAUUUAUGUAUGCUGAGAUAUCUCCUCAGCAACUCCCAAAGACAAACCCCUUGAGUUGAGACUUUUAGAAUCCAGGUUUGUUUGGAUGGGGUGGGGUCUUAGGACACAGGCAUGACAGCUGAUCAAUAGCAACAACGUGAGAAACCACUUCCUUUUUCAGCCUUCAGGUGGCAGACAACCAAGGUCACUCAUCACAGCUGUUAUUUCAAGCCACAAGACAAAACUUUCUUGUACAUAACUUUUUCAUGUCAAACAAUUCUGCUGUCCCUUCUACGGCUCAGAUUCCAUCUAGAUUUGAUAGUUUUAAGUUAAAAGAAAAGUAAAAAGUAUUAAUUAAUAUAAUUCUAAUGUUCUUUUAUUUCCUGUAAUACAAUAUAAAUGUUUUGUUGGCCAGAGUGUAGAAUAUGAGUGCUGAAUCCCAGCCUGCAGUCUAACUAUAAGAACAUGUGUAAUACCAGGAUGUCUCAUGGUGGUCUGAAGACAUUCCUACCAGGAAAGUCUGGCCCUGUGCCCUAGUCUUCUGAGGAACCUAUUUAAAACCUGGCCACUUGCUUGGAGACAUGGUUCCAGACCUGGUUCCUCUUUCAGUCCAUAUAAAGUGUCCGGGCAAGUGUAACCCUGUUGAAUCUAUUGAAUUCAUGCUGGUCUUGCGUUAUUUUUUCGUGUUAUUUUCAAAACAAGCACCUCUGUGAAAGUGAAGCGGUCCUCCGGUCCUGUGGUAGUUUAGAGGUUAGUGUGUCCUGGAAGUGGACCCCACAUGACUCAUGACCAUUAGAGCGUCACAACUACACCAGACUGACCACCCCCACGUGAAACAUUAGUACAUUAAAAUGACAACAUGAAUGCAUAUGUAUGUGGUAAUCUGUUGUGUAUAGAGGCCAAGGGCUUGAGUUAGUCAAACAUCAACUUAUGUUUGCUUUUGUAAAUCCCUUAACAUGGCAUUGUGUUCAAGCCAAAGACAAUAAUUUUGAUUAUGGAAAUAGAACCUAAUUCGGGUUUUGGGGUUUUAAUUAUUUAGUAUCCACACAGGUACAGAAAUAUAUUAUGAAUAUAGCAUUGAAACAAGUUUUGAGGUCCUAGACAACGAUGUUGUCCUUAGCUCUGCACCAGUACAAUUUGAAAGUUUAGAUUAUUACUGCCAAACAUAUCAGUUUUAAUAUAUAUUGUAUGUCCCCUGUCAUCAAGAAUUUAUGUAGAAGUCAAUACAUAAUGUGUUUGAUUACCACAGAAUAUGUUCAGUGAGCAACAACAUUAUUCAUUGGGAGUAUAUUUAUUUGUUCUUUAAAUUGUUUUGUCUAGAGUGAAGCUGGAAAUUUAAAAUGACAAAGUGGCUAUACUGUACAUUAGAAUGUAGAAUGGAAACAUUCAAUUGUGAAGUCUAAUUAUUAUUGUGAGUGUACUGUCCAGUACUGCAGAGUAGAUACAAAAGAUGAUAGAUAUGAGUACAGUAUCAUAUUGUAACUAUGUAUUCAGAAAUCAAUCCCAAUCCUUUCUGUGCCUUAAUGCAUUUUUAUUAACGCCUCACCCAAUAUUGAUAGGAAACCCCAUACAAGCCACAUAAGGAAAACCAUUUGAAAUCAAAUAAUUCACUUUCAUCACAGAAUAUUGUUCUCCACAUCCUGUUAUGGAAAUGAAAAGGACAAAUGUCACCACAGAAGGAAGUCUGAAAUAAGAUGGAGGUUACGAUCAGAGAAUGGUCACACAUGAUUGACAAUUCCCAUGAAUAAUCUAGAAAUAUUUAGUUCUGUGCUGUCAGCAGUCAUCGCCACUAGUCCACUCGUGUUCACUGUCAUGGUCAGCACACCGUCAACCAUGCACACCAUUGAAGUGCACAGUACAGGUUAACAGUAGCAUGUUCCCAUGUCCUCUUUUGGACUGGACGGACGCAAAGACUUUACCAUGAACUAACACAAGACUUUGUUGACCAGGAUAUUUGAGGAGGACCAUCUGUGAUGUUCUAGUUCUAGAUGAAUACAUUUGUUUUUGGAACAGACCUGUAGAAAACCACCAAAACCAUCCUCUGAACAGUUUAACCUCCCGAGUAGUUAAUCGGUUACAAUGUUAUAUCUGCAUGUUUUAAAUGACAUAGCCUGCCAAUGAAUGUUGCAAAUGCCUUACGAAAGAUUUAAUUUUCUCAAUUGGGCUUUUUCUUUGAGUUUCGGACUGACAGGUACCACUGUGUCAGAGGAGUUCUUCAAAUCCAUUUUCUAAUGGGUUCCUUCUAAAGUGCAAUUGUUUAAGUACAUAUCUUUCCAUGGACACGACACAGCUGCUCUAUAGUGCUUGUUCUAAUAAAAAAGAAUCAAACUGAA